CGUAUAUAUUGUAGCUAGCAACGUGCUUGUCCUCGACUGCAUUUGCCCACUCCUACUCGAGACCAUAGCACACCGACACCAAUGCCUCUCUUACAAAAAGACGAUCGCGUAGUCCUCCAACACCCGAAGGGUGCCUCCGCAGAGAUCUUGUAUUACGGCGCGACCGUGAUCUCUUGGAAGGCAGGAAGUCCGACCAACCCUCAGCCCACCGAACGCCUGUUCGUGUCCGGCAAAGCAGCACUCGAUGGCAGCAAGCCGGUUCGAGGAGGUAUCCCCGUAGUCUUCCCUGCCUUCGGCGCACCCACCCAUCCAGACCAUGCCAAGCUGUCGCAGCAUGGCUUCGCCCGUAACAACGUCUGGGCGUUUGGGGCUAAUGUCAUGGAUAAUGAGGCAGGAGUAUCUGUGAAACUCACUCUUGCACCCAACGACGCCAUCAAGGCGCAAUUCGACCAUCCCUUCGAGUUGGAAUACGUCGUGACUCUCGCAGAGCAUCAACUUACCACCGGCCUACACGUCAAGCACACCGGUCUCUCGACGACAGCCCCCUUCGAGUUCCAGGCUCUCUUCCACAACUAUAUCCGCGCACCCGCGAACGAUGUCCGCAUCUCUCCUCUGUCUGGCAUUUCUUACUAUGACAAGACCGAGGCCACCGAGGAGGCUCGUGCAGCUCCCAAGUUGGAGGCCCGCGCAGGUGUCGAUGUGAACAAGUUUACCGACUCCGUAUACGAAGAUGCAGGUGGAAGAUACGACGUUGUCUGGCCUAGCGGUGCAAUCGAGGUCAGGGCGACGAACCUCAAGGACGUGGUGGUGUGGAACCCGCAGCAGGAAGCUGGCUCGAAGAUUGGAGACAUGGAGGCAGGUGGAUGGGAGAAGUAUGUCUGCGUCGAGCCUGGAUAUGUCCGCGGGUUUGUCAAGAUUGAACCGGGCCAGACAUGGUCGGGUCAGCAGGUCCUGUCUGUCAAGGUCUGAGCAAAUCGCGUAUGCAGAGAAACCAAGAGUCACGAAGCUGUAUGUCGAUGUAUCUGUAGCUGCAAAGGAUGGAUCCCCACAAGUUGUGAACCUCGAUGUGCAACGGCAAGCUGGUCGAAGGAUCCGUGGAGUUUGGCGCCGAUGAUACAGGUAUAAUGGCACGUGCGCACGACGCGUCGGUUGUCGACGCGUCGCGCGUCUGCGACGGCCGAGCUUUGCUUCCACCAUCGUUGUCUCACUCCUUUGCUGUACAUAUUUCAGCUUCUCUCUUCUUGUAUCCAUCCCACACCUCUC